AUGAGUUAUUUAAUGACUAUUUUUGCAAAUAAAUAUAUUCAUGGUGAAGACGAAAAAAAUAGCGGUUACAGUAUAUACAAAAAAAACGUAACUAUUGAUAAGUUAGCAGAAGACUCAAUUUUUCAAGUCGAAAGUAAUACUUGCAUCGACCAAUGCUAUGGAAACUUGGACAAUACUAUAAAUUUAGAAGGAGUUCAUUUAUACCUAUCAACAACGCAGGAUAAGUUAUGUAAAAAAUUAGAAACAGAUGAUAUUGAAAAUCAUGAUACAUCGUUUAUUUAUGAUCUAGAUCCAGAGUCUUCUAGCGGAUCACCUGAAGAUGAUUUAAUUAAUUCUAUUGUAGGAAUUUUAAAAGAAAAAAUGUUUGAUAUAAUAGCCAAAGAUAUUAAAAUAGUUAUUUCUAUAUAUCCCAGUAAUAGCCCUACAGAACAACCAUUAAAAGUUAUUGUUGAAACAAAGUCUAUUCAGUUGUCUCGUGAUAAUAAAAAGUCUAUUCAAUUGUGUCCUGAAAAAGAAACUUCUUUCACAAUUAAAAUGGAUGAAAUUCGUCUUUCUUUUCAAGAACAGGACAAGCAUCCAAUUAAUGUUUUAUUUAUUGGGUCUAAAAAGGAAGAGUGUAUCUCGUUAAAGGGUAUAUGUGAUUAUCUCAUCAACUUCAUCACAGGAAAUAAAAGUAAAGGACCUGUAAGUAUUUCUUGUGACGAAGUUUCGGUCUUUAUUAGCAAAGAAAUGGUUGAGUUUUGUCAGAAGUUCAUACACAAAAAUCGAUACCUUGUACUCAACCUCCUUACCAGACAACUGGAAUCUUUAACACAACCUACAACAGAACUAACAGAAAUAGUUGAAACUGUUUCAGACAGUGAUGAAAAACCAUCUGGUGGAUUUUUUUCAUCUUUUGGAAGUUUUCUAGCUGGGGCAGUUAAUUAUGUACUUCCUUCAGUUGAUGAACAAAGUGAGUGUGAGAAAAGAACUAAAGAAGAGGUCAUGAAGAAUAAGAAAAAAAAUAACACAGCUGACCAGUCAUCCAUUGUUGAUUUGAAAACACAAUCUUCUGUUCCAAUUAAGUUCUAUAUUGGAGAAGUAGAAAAUGGGAUUUGUGUUGAGAUGAAUGUUUCAUGCUUGUCAACAGCAGAUAAACAAUAUGAAAUAAAAACAAUAAAAAGUACUAUUGGAGGAAAGAAUUUUUUGGAGAUUAAAAAUAAAGAUGGAGACAUUGUGAUGACACGAAAACAUAACAAUGAAUUUAACAUCGAUGCAAAAGGGAUGGUCAAAUUAACACUUGAUACUAUGAAUAUUGAAAAGGUUAAACAACAAAUCUUUUCAAUAAUGGAUGAGUUGGGGAAGUUUUUAUCUGUAUUUAUGAGUAUUAGCAAUAAGAUUCCAAAAGAUGAACAAGAAAGUGUUGAAGAUCAACCAGAGACACCUGACCAGCAACCAACUCAUAUCUGUAUUAGAUUGAAUCAAAUUGAAUUGAUAUGCUGUGAUGGAGAGAACAAAUUUGAAAUGAAAGUUAAAAUAACAGAAAAUGAUGAACAACCAUUAAUUGAAAUCACAUCAGCUCAACAAACAAAAAUCACAGUUAAAGCGGAGAGAUUAGAAAUGGAAAUAGGAGAAAAGAAAAGUAUAAUUAAAGACAUUGACAUUACUAUCCAAGAAGGAAAACCAAAAGAAGAAAAUAUUGGAAUAAUGCAACCAUUAUUCAUUAAAGGAAAUGAUUCAAUGAAGUUUGGUGAUGUCACUCGAGUUGAUGAGAUUCCAAAAGUAGAAAAUGGAUUUGUUCAAAUAAAUCAAGAACAAAUGAAUGAAUUAAAAAAUGGAUUUGAAAUGAGUGAGAAUUGUAUUAAGUUAAAUGUUCAAAGCAUUAGUCUUGAUAUAGAAACAAAAGAACUUGUUACCCUAACUAAAGUUCAACAAUAUAUAACUGGAUUUGUAACAGAGUGUUGUCAGAAAAUGUCGGUCCUUAAAACAAGAAAAGGUGCCAAAUAA